AACCGUUGUACGUACUUACUUGCAAGCAGAGGACGACACGCACAGGGCAUAGCUGUCACAUGCUGCACGAAGAGUUCAUCGAAGCCAAUCGGUUCAAAUGAGGAUAACGUCAUAAAAUGGCAAUUUCUUUUUGACUAAAUAACUAAGGUAGCCGUUCGUGUUACUAAAGUCGUAGUCUGAAGUGUAUCGUGCUCGUGUUUGGGCUUGGCGUGUUACCGGGGAGACGGUAGUUGAGGAAAAAGCCGCACUCCAAAGAAGUGUGGUCGAGAGCCUCAAUCGCAAGUCUCAAGGCACUCUGACGUUAUUUUAUAACCACAAACUGAAGCGGACGUCGUCUUAAUAUCAUAUCCAAACAUGGUCACCACCAAGGAAACCGUUCUGAACCCCAAUGCCAAAGUGUGGCAGGAGAUUCCUGCCCACCAGAAUGAUAUCUCGGAGGGGACAGACAAUUCCUCUUGGCUGCAGACCUAUCCUCACAACGCUGUCAUGACUGAAGAGUACCCUGAUGUUCUCUCUUUUGGGGGAAAAGGAUGCGAUUCUGACUUUGCUGAUAACACUGACUACGCCUGUGUGCCUCCAGAGGGCAUUGUGAACGAUACUGACCCCUUUGCUGUAGGGUAUUUAGCCCUUAACCCCCAAAGCGAGUCAACUGUUGGUGAAACUAAAGAACAAACAAUGUCUGAGAGUCUCAGGGAGUCCUUGAAGAAAAAACUGGAGUUCUACUUUUCAAGGGAGAACUUAGCAAUUGACCAGUACCUGAUAUCAGAGAUGGAUAGUGAGCAGUUUAUUCCAAUCUGGACCAUAGCGUGCAUGGAGGACAUCAAAGCCCUCACUAAUGAUAUGGAUCUCAUCGUGGAUGUACUGAGAGAAUUGCCACUGGUUCACGUCGAUGAAGCCGGAGAGAAAGUUCGUCCAAAUCACAGUCGCUCAAUUAUUAUUCUGCGAGAGGUUCCAGAGACUACACCAGUAGAGGAGGUGGAGGCUCUCUUUAAAAGUGAAGAGUGCCCAAAUAUGAUAAGUGCCGAAUUUGCCCACAACAGCAACUGGUACAUCACGUUCCAGUCAGAUAUGGAUGCACUAAAGGCUUACAGAUAUUUACGGGAGGAAGUGAAAGUGUUUCAGGGCAAGCCAAUAAUGGCCCGCAUCAAGGCAAUAAACACAUUCUUUAGUAAGCCGGGCUUCAGCACCGUGGACCCAAGUGUGUACAACCAGCAGGCCCAGCCUCACAUUGCAUUUGGCUCCCCUGUGUACAUGCAGCAGGUGUACAGUGCUCAGCAGCAAUACCCAGUCUAUCCAGCUCUUGCCCAGUCCUGGAAUGCAACAACAAUGCCUUACUUUGAAACGCCACUGGCACCUUUCCCAAACAACGGCUUCAUGACUGCUUACAACAGUGUGGGGAACUAUAAAGCAAGUUCAAGCUGUAAUCCUCCUUUGUGCAGGACCCGAAAUCAUUUAAAGGGACACUUUAGGCCUUGUGACACACACAUAGCCCCAUCAAUGGCUCCCCCAGCAUUGAUGGAUGGCCUGUUGAGACCUUUGACCUCACAACCCCCUCAGACACCAGGGACCUUGAUGGCCACCACUUCAGUUAGCCUUCCCUCCCUAAGACUUAAAAGCACUUCUCCGAAGGACACUACGCCCAGCGGGGAUUUGAGUAUGGAUGUCCGAACAAGGAGAACUAACAACUACAGGGGCAUGAGGAGGAAAAGAGAUGAUGAACAUACCAUGAAACAGACAGAAGUCGAGGUGCCCCCGCCUCCAAAGUUUGACCUGGCGGCUUCCAAUUUCCCUCCUUUGCCGGGAUCUGCGGUUAGUCUAACAGAAGAGAAGACACCAGAGAUGCGGCUCUCUGAUGUAGUACGUGGUCUAAAAGUCACCAGCAAGGCUGUAUGCAACAAGGUAGACGAAAUGAAACCUUCAAACGUCUCAGAGCCUCCAGCUCCAAGUCCUGUUAGUCCAGAUGUGACACCUAGUGCAGAGGUGAUGCAAAAACCAGCCCAGCCUAUUAGAAGCAGUUCCUCACCGAUCGAGAAUGUGGGUGAGGCUGACAUUAUGCCAAAUGAAAAAGUGUCACCAACCGUCAAGCCUGUUAGUCCAACAGAAGCAUCUUCCUCGUGUAGCCGCGGUGUUCUUGAAGUGGCAUCCCCACCAGCUGACAGCUCAGAACAGGAGCCGAAAAAGCUCAGCUAUGCAGAAGUGUGCCAGCGACUUGCUAAAGAUGGACCACCAGCACAGACACCCUCUCCGGCGGCCCCUGUCUCUACGGCCGUUCAGCCUCUUCAGGAGCUCAAGGCUAAUAGAGGGGAGGAGCCACGAGCCAAUCAUAGGGAUCCUGUGGAUAAAUCAGACAAAGGUGGAGACAGCUGCCCUCCUCGCCAAGUCACACGUACAUUUUACGGCUAUAAUCGCGCCGGCCGAAGUGGAGGUGCGGGGAUGAAGAGUUGGGAGCAUCCCAGAAACAUGGGUGGGUACACAGGCAAAACCUUUUCCCCGCAGCGUGGAUUUCGAAAGAGUGGCAAGGAACAGAACAUUCCCCCAAGGUCACCAAAAUAAUACAACAAUCCUCAAACUGGGACACCUGUGUAAAUAUUUAAUCUUAUAUCAAAAGAAAGUCUGUAAAUAGGAAUAUUUUAGGUUAAUGUUGCUUCUGACAAAUGUUUUUCAUGGCUAGUGCGAGUUAUUUUUUCGUUCUCCAUGGUUGUCAGCCGUGCUCAGCUUUUGGGUUAGCAAGAAUGGGCGACCUACAUUUUUAUAUAUGCCCUUAUUAGGCCUGGUUCACAUGACGAGAUAUUAAAAUUAUCGCCAGGGUUCAUUCGUGAAUAUUCAUACUUUGGAGUAAACAAUGGAUGAGAAGGAGGCAUUGAGUUAAAUAUCCCCACUCAAAUUUAAGAUGAUAUUUUUGAGCUAUUACGGUAAUCGGCACAUCUGUACGAUUUUUUGGGAAGCGAGAUUGAGGGCUAAAAUUGGGCUGAUUAUCCUGGCAUGUGAACCAGGCUUAGUCAUUUAUGUAGUGUGUGUGACUGGUAGAACCAUUGCUGUGAUCCCAAAAAUGUAUAACCUCUCCAAAAAUACAUUGCUGAUCUUCCAGUAUCUUGAAUCUGGCAUAUAAGGUCUGAAGUCAGCAACAUGAAGUGCAACUGAACUAGAAAGAGAAAAUUGAAAUAGGGACUCGACAGGUGAGGAUUUGAGUGACCGAAUUUAGAAGUUGUAAUUUUCUGCUGCCAGUGUGAUGUUAGAGACGUGCAACUGUGUCUGAUUUGCAAAGUCUAGUGGCCCUUUGUGAGUAUCUUUCACUUUGAGUUGUAGUCCAGUUUCAGAGUGAAAUGGUAGCAGUCAACUUCUGAAAUAAGGUGUUUUGAAAUGUAAACAAUGUUUAUAGACUUGACAAAGUAUUUUGCCCAUCUCUCAGGUGCUGUCUUUCCACUGGGCUAUUUUGCAAUGUUGUUUUGCAGUUUUAAUGGCAGCUUUUGUGUUUUGGAUUACAAUAUCGGUUGAAUUGCGAGUGAUCGCUUUGUUGCUGAUUUGCAAGCGAUCACAUUGUCUUCCUCAGUUUGUGACGAGGACCGCUUUUACGGCAAGUUAAGGGAACACUCUGGAAAAUAUUAAGGUCAAGUGCAGAGUAAAUAACUCUUGAGUUAGCCGGCUGUUCAUUAGGGAUCGGCACAUAGCAAGAUUGCCACUUUUUGUGCGUCACAAGGAUAACAAUUUAAGGCAAUACUGUGGAAAAAAACAUUUCAUUUAAGUAAUCGAAAUGACAGGGAGCUAAUCUUAUCACAA